AUGGAAACCCAAACCCUUGAAAAGAAGAAUAUAAUUAAUUUACCGACGAACGAUACGGCGUUGAAAAUGGAAUCGGGACACAACAAAAACAACUCUAUACUUAUACUCCACAAUGCUCUGAUCGUUACCAUGGAUACCCAGAAUCGCGUGUUCCAAAGUGGCGCAAUUGUUAUUGAAGACGACACGAUCAAAGCCAUCGGCCAGUCCACCGAUAUCGUCUCGCAGCACUCUUCUUUUUCCCCUCAACUCAUCGAUUUUCAAGGACAUUUCAUCCUCCCAGGUUUCAUAAACACACAUGUUCACUCGUCACAGCAGCUGGCUAGAGGGAUAGCCGAUGAUGUUGACUUGCUGACUUGGCUACACAAUCGCAUAUGGCCGUAUGAAUCUAACAUGACUGAGGAGGAUUCUUAUAUUUCAACUUUACUCUGUGGAAUCGAACUAAUUCACUCCGGUGUUACUUGCUUUGCGGAAGCUGGGGGGCAGCAUGUGACUGGAAUGGCAAGGGCAGUCCAAUUGCUGGGGUUGCGCUCAUGUUUGGUGGAAUCAAUCAUGGAUGCCGGUGAAGGACUGCCUGGAUCAUGGACCAAGCGGACUUCAGAGGAGUGUAUUCAGUCCCAGAAGGAUCUGUACAAGAAGCACCAUAACACUGCUGACGGAAGGAUCAGAGUAUGGUUUGGAAUAAGGCAAAUUAUGAAUUCAACUGAUGAUCUACUUAAUGGAACAAGAGAUGCUGCAGAAGAACUCGAAACUGGAAUCCAUAUGCAUGUUGCAGAAAUACCUUACGAGAACCAACAUGUGAUGGAGAGACGAGGAGUUCAAGGGACUGUUACAUAUCUCGAGAAAGUCAAGCUACUACAGAACAAUUUGCUGGCAGCUCAUACCGUCUGGGUCAAUGAUGAGGAGGUCAGUUUGCUUGCAAAAGCUGGGGUUAAAGUAUCUCAUUGUCCUGCUGCGGCAAUGCAAAUGUUCGGAUUUUCACCGGUUAGAAAAAUGCUUGAUGCUGGUGUCUGUGUCUCCUUGGGAACGGAUGGUGCACCGUCGAAUAAUAGGAUGAGCAUUGUGGAUGAAAUGUACCUUGCUUCUCUUAUCAACAAGGGGCGAGAAGUUUUCACCAAAGGAACCACAGAUCCUACUGCUCUUCGAGCUGAAACUAUUCUUAAAAUGGUGACUAUAAAUGGUGCAAAAUCUCUACUCUGGGAUAAAGAAAUAGGGUCACUUGAGGUUGGAAAAAAGGCUGAUAUUAUUGUAGUCAAUCCAUCCACCUGGUCAAUGAUGCCUGUUCAUGAUUGCAUUUCUAGCCUCGUUUAUUCCAUGCGAACUGAAAAUAUAACAUCAGUUAUGUGCAAUGGUCGUUGGAUUAUGAGAGACAAGCGAAUCUUGAAUGUGGACGAGGAAGAAGUUAUAUCAAUGGCUAAGCGUGCUUCCACUACUCUUCUAAAGAAAGCAGGCAUCCAGAUUCCAAGCAGAAUGAAUAUUGUGUAA